UUUAGCUUGAAUUGGUGCCAUUUUUGGUUUUGUCUGAAUAUUGGAGGUUCUGCACUUGUUUGUGAAGAAUGGGGGCGGGGAAGUACACGAAGGGCUGUACCAGGUGGCUGAUUGUUCUUGUCGUCGCUGCUUUGGUGGUCACGGCCAUCGUGCUUGGGCUUCGAAAGAAAGCUCACCAUUCAGAUAUGGGACCGGUUCCCGGACCUCCGGGAGCUAUAACGCAGAAAUAUUCCGAUGCUCUCUCCGUGGCUCUCCAGUUCUUCCAAGUGCAAAAAUCUGGAAAGCUGGUGAAUAACAAGAUUAGUUGGCGAGGGGAUUCUGCUUUGAGUGAUGGGAGUGAGGAUGGCUUGGAUUUAUCAAAGGGAAUGUAUGAUGCUGGGGAUCACAUAAAGUUUGGACUUCCUAUGGCUUUUACAGCAACAGUAAUGUCUUGGACUAUCCUGGAGUAUGGAGAUCAGAUGAGUGCAGUAAACCAGUUGGACUCUGCUCUCGAUUCUCUCAAGUGGAUAACUGAUUAUUUGAUCAAUGCUCAUCCUUCUGACAGCGUUUUGUAUAUUCAGGUUGGAGAUCCUGAUCUUGACCACCAAUGCUGGCAGAGACCAGAAGAAAUGACAGAGAAAAGGCCUCUUUUACAGAUUAACAAGAAAAAUCCAGGAACAGAGGUGGCUGCAGAAACAGCAGCAGCUAUGGCUGCUGCUUCCUUGGUCUUUAAAAGCAUAAAUUCAUCAUACUCUGAUUUGCUUCUUCAGCAUGCUCAAAAGCUGUUUACUUUUGCUGAUGAUCACAAAGUAUCAUACACAUCUAGCUUUCCAAAACUCGAAAAGUUUUAUAACUCUACUGGUUUUGGGGACGAGCUUUUGUGGGCUGCUAGCUGGCUCUAUCAUGCCACUGGGGAUCAAUUUUACCUGAGUUAUGUAACUGUACAAAAUGGACAAUCUUAUGCUGACUGGGGAAGGCCUACAUGGUUUAGUUGGGAUGACAAGCGUUCAGGAACACAGGUUCUUUUAUCAAGAUUAAAUCUAUUUGGUGCAAAGCAAUCCACCAAUGCAGAGAACAAGGGCCUCCAGAUGUACCGAAAAACAUCUGAAGCAAUCAUGUGUGGGCUUUUACCAGACUCCCCUACAUCCACGUCCAGCAGGACAGAUGGUGGGCUCUUGUGGAUUGAUCAAUGGAAUGCACUUCAGCACCCAGUCGCCGCUUCAUUCCUAGCUGUGCUUUAUAGCGAUUACAUGCUAACCUCAAGGACACCAUCCUUUUCUUGCAAUGGAGUGACAUUUUCGUCGUCAGAUCUCCGCAAAUUCGCCAUGUCACAGGCUGAUUAUAUAUUGGGCAAUAAUCCCAUGGGAAUUAGCUAUCUUGUUGGUUAUGGUGACAAAUACCCUCAACAAGUACACCAUAGAGGAGCUUCAAUCCCAGCUUCUGCAAACACUGGUUGUAAGGGUUUCGAAUGGCUAAAAUCUCCCAACCCUAAUCCAAAUGUUGCCGUUGGAGCCCUCGUUGGUGGUCCUUUCAAAAAUGACUCCUACAUUGAUAACAGAAACAACUCCAUGCAAUCUGAGCCAACUACCUACAACAGUGCUGUUCUUGUUGGCUUGCUUUCUGGCCUCAUCACUACUUCCUCUGUGGUACGUUCUUUCAACUAAGCUUCAGUACUACUUUUAUUGGGAUUGUGUACAGGCUUUUUAUCAUGUAAUAUGUUGGUUUCAUUGCUUCAUAUGCUAUGUUGAGAAGAACUUUUAUUUUAUCCGGUGAACGUACGCUCCUCUACGUUCGGAUCUAGGCAAAAAAAGCGCAAUACCGAGUACCGAGUACCGAGUUGUACCGAGUUUUUUAAAAAAACUCGGUAUUGUGUUGUUUUGGUCUAAAACCGAACGUAGAGGAGCGUACGUUCACUGGAUGUAAUAAAAGUUCAUGUUGAGAAAGCUUUUCUUGGCAUCUGCAGAAAGUUUUUUUUUUUUUUUUGGAGAGUUUAUGAAGCCUGGUAGAUAUUAAUGGUAAUUUGCAGUUGAGUU